AUGGCCGGUUUACAACGUCUUUUGAAGCGCGUCGCUGUUAUCUUUCUGUUCGCCGCUGCGAAUUUAUUUGCUGCUACCAAUGGUCAACUGACGUUUUCUAGUGGAUGGGGCAAGCGGUCCGGCGAUGACGACGAGAUAACGAUUCAUUUAGACGACCAACUGCAGUUACCAUUAAAUACUGGUGGCCGCACUGCCUCGUUCGUCAACGAAUAG